ACCAAGGAUCCUGCCAAGCGCCUUUAUAAAUCGGCCAACUCGCUCUCGCCCCCAUCUCCGCGCCCUAGGCUCUAUCUCCGAAGCUUGACUUGCUUCUUCUAUAUUCUCUUGUGACCUGUCCAAGAUAUCCAUCUCGCCGUCUAUCUCGCGUUCCUUACAGAGUACAACCUACCCCCUUUUCUUGUUGUUUAGAAACUAUUGAGAGAUCCGUUACCUCUGCGCUCCCAAUAAAUAUCUCCAGACUUUUGUUCUGAAAUACAUGCACCGGAUUCGUUCGUGGGCGAAAGCUCACGCGUCUAAUGGCAGUACAACAACUCCCACCCCAACUGGCGAACCCGACGCCAACCCCCCCGACGAAGAAGCUAGUCCGGCCUCGCAGCAAAAUGGGCAAGUGAACUCGGGUGCUCAGGGCCCGGCAAGUCCGGAGUCGAAUAGUGAACAUGAUGGAGAAAUCUCCAAACCGGGACUUUGGGUCCGGAUGAAGAAUGGCAGUGUCCGGUUCUGCAAACAUACCAAGACCGCUUUGUGCCACAGCUGGGUCAAUAUCCUGCUGCUGUUUGUGCCUGCCGGUAUUGCGGUCGAAGCCGCGGGCUUGAACCCUGCCGUUAUCUUUGCCAUGAAUGCGGUUGCCAUCAUCCCUUUGGCUGGGUUGUUGAGUCACGCUACCGAGUGUGUGGCUAGCCGCUUGGGAGAUACCGUGGGCGCACUGAUCAACGUGACGUUCGGAAAUGCGGUGGAGUUAAUUAUUUUCAUCAUCGCUCUUGUUAAGAAUGAGAUCCGAAUCGUUCAGGCGUCCCUGCUGGGCUCCAUUCUGGCAAACCUACUGCUCAUUCUGGGCAUGGCAUUUCUCCUGGGAGGUCUCCGCUUUCAGGAGCAGAUUUACAACAGUACCGUCACCCAAAUGAGUGCCUGUCUUCUCAGUUUGAGCGUGAUGAGUUUGCUCCUACCAACCGCGUUCCACGCUUCCUGGUCCGACAAUAUCAACGCCGAUAAAUACACUCUUAAAGUUAGCCGUGGAACAAGUGUCGUCUUGCUCCUCGUGUACAUCCUGUACAUUAUCUUCCAGCUGAAGUCCCAUGCAUAUCUCUAUGCCAGCAUUCCACAGCAGAUUAUUGAUGAGGAGUCUCAUCCGGGUGUGUUGGCUGAGUUCAUGAACUCAUCCGACUCGUCGAGCAGCUCAUCUGAUGAAUCUGUCGACACGACUACAUCAUGGUCGACUGCUAAACGGAUCAAGAGGGCUAUGAAAUAUCGACGACGUCGCAAGUCGAGUACUAGCUCCAAGGACACGAAUUCGCCCCAAUCCUUGCGCAACAACUCGCUGGUUGAAAUGCGAAGCGGGGGAACAAGCGACCGCAUCGGCUCAGUCGUCGACUCGAUGUCCAGUCAUACGGAUGAGAAAGGUUCCCAGCCAUCGAACAACGCACCUGACGGCUACGAAGCAGACAACGAUGGCCACCGAUUUAACGCACCCCAAUCGAGAGAUUUCGGUCAAGACGUCGGUCGCGUCAAGACUUCGAAACGGGAAGCUAAAAGCAAGAAGCGUCACAAUAAGGAAAAGAAGAAGAAACUACUCCAGGAACCGGAAAAGCAGGAGGCCAUCGUGGACAGCAACCCUGUCCCUAAGCGGCCGGAGCUGAAGUCUUACAUGUCAUCGCCUGUCGCCCGCUUUGAACCUAACCCUGUCGAUGCCCUGCAGGUGGAUGCAAACGACCUCCCGAAAAGACGAUCUCCGUUCCGUCCACCCUUCCCUUCGUUGCUUUCCAAUACGGUUUUUUCGAGCUCGACAGGUCCCAAUGGCGUCCCGCAGGCAGGUCCUUCCGGCAAUGAAACCGGUCUGCGCCGCACCAGCUCACUUCCCAGCCGCAUGAACCGCCAGCCUCCCGUCGGCAACGCGGUCCAGUUUGCUCGAGGAGCGGCACGCAUGCCCACGGCCGUCAAUCCGGUGACUACUGAAACGGCGCCUCCCCAACAUCAGCCGGUAAUGUCACGUACGGCAGCUGUAGUCAUGCUACUGGUAUCCACAGGACUGGUGGCAGUGUGUGCCGAAUUCUUAGUCGACGCCAUUCCGUUGAUGGUUGAAAGCUCCAGCGUCAGCGAGGCCUUCAUUGGUCUGAUCAUCCUGCCCAUCGUCGGCAAUGCGGCAGAACACGUGACUGCCGUGAGCGUGGCCACGAAGAACAAGAUGGAUCUGUCUAUUGGCGUGUCUGUGGGAAGUAGUAUACAAAUCGCCAUCUUUGUCACGCCUCUCGUGGUCAUUCUGGGCUGGUGUAUGGAUAAGGACAUGUCGUUAUACUUCACGCUCUUCGAGACCAUCUGCCUUUUCGUCACGGCCUUUGUGGUCAAUUUCCUGGUCUUGGACGGUCGCAGCAACUAUCUCGAGGGAGCUUUGCUAAUUGCCGCCUAUGUGAUUAUCGCAGUGGGUGCUUUCUUCUACCCUGGCAACGACCAGUCCAGCGACAUUGGCCGCGCUGGAAAUAAUUACUGAUUUCGGUUGAAGGCCAAGUGUCCUGAUCUUCAUCUGCCCCUUUUUCGUUGUAUUUGUCUUGUAAUAUUGCACUUUGAUGUGCUCAGUACAGUCAAGACAUGACGGAACCAUGUGGGGCGAUGAGAUGGGGAGUUAUCCUCUUGUCACUCGGCCAAGUCACUUACGAAUGGGUCCUAGUUGCGAUGAAAAUCGAGAGCAUGUAUUUGAGAUUGAGGGAUGUUUUGUUUUCUUAACUGUGUUGCCUAGACGCUACGUUACAGAUUUAGAUAGUCUCACAUCAUCCUGCCUGAUCGAGGCAUGUUCAUCACCCAUCGUCUUCCUGAAUUUGCUCAUGCGGGGACCGGUUCUGGAAUAGCGGAGGUCAUUUUCAUUCCCAGUGUAGUCAGGAUCCACACCUGUAGUAACUAUUAAUAUUAAUUAUUGUGAUACCAUUUCCUUACCGUCAGGAACUCAGGAAGGUUCCGGAAUCGUCGAGGUGUGGCUGCUGCCGGAGUCGAUGGGCUCCGCGGGCCACCGCCACAGCCACUCGCCGCGACACACGUGGCUAGUCCGUCUACGGGAUCUAGGGAAUAAUCCCAACAUGAUAACUCGGACAUCGUGUGAUGCAUAUUGCAGAGUGAGUCAAUGGUAUUGACACAGGACUUAUCGGCGUACAGGCAAUGACCAGAGUCGCAAUUUUGACGUAGUUUUGUUUUCCUGUCUUUGUUGAUUUUGAAAUAAUAGGAGACAGUUCAGAUUGACAGAUUACGGAGUCGCCGUAGGGAGAAUCCUCGCUUGGCAGGCUGUGGCUGGUAGGCAGCAAGGUGAGGCUUGAUGGAUCACCCACCGCCAAUCAGGCCGGACAGCGGUGCACCGGUGUGGCGCAGUCCGGUGCCGAUGACUCCCUCGCGUCGUUCCGAUUGGUCCGACAAUCUCCGGGCGCUGCCGCUCUGUGGCGCCAAGCGGGCAAAUGGAUACCUGACGGAACAUGCUGCCUUAUUAUAGCAGCAACUCUUACUGUACUCGGUCUAGAAUGAGGGGGGUGAACGACUCAUCUUGCCCCUAAUCUCUAUGAGUCUGAUGGAUUAUGAGUUAUGACUGGGCUAGUAUCCCUAACGAGGUGGGGUGGAUUUGGGACCAGACAAGUCAUAUUGCAUUGACAGUCACAACAGGUAACUAUUUAUGUCUGUCCUGCCGACGGGGGAGGGGAGUGCAUCGCUGCCCGCUGGCCUGCACAGUUUCGAGUCUGACCAACGUCAGGUGAAUUGCGGGCGAGCAUUUCCCUGAGUUUCAAACUGACUGCCAUCGGGUUCAACUAAGCGCUGGCUUACGGACCUUACCCCUGUUUUUGUCUCUCCCGCUGGCUUGAGCGGCA